UAGUUGUAAUAAUGGGUUUUAGUGAUAUCGUAAUAGUUAAAAUUAACGUUUGUUUAUAAUAUCGGCUUUUCGUACCGUUUUAAUGAAAUGCGUAGUUGCCCGGUGAAAGGUCGUUCAGUCAGUCAAAGUGUCACCAGGAGAUAAGCCUGUCCGGAGGCAACCCCACCACCACCAACACUCUUUGUUCUCUAAAUUAAAGACGUUGACAUGUCAGAUCUAAAUCCAAAGUGGCUAUUGAUUUCUACAUGAAUGUGAUGAAUGAGGCUACAGUGGAUUUUUUUUCCCCCCGCUAUCAUGAUGAAUGCAACUUUCAUUCAAUAAUUGCUCCAAAAAAAGACACAUACUAAUUUCCCCACUUUUCACUGACCUAAGCAAACAAACCGAUGUAUAAAAUGUGUGAUACAGUUCAACACUCCCACCGUUUAAAAUGACCCAAACUAUAGCCUACAGGAUCAUACAGUGAAAUGGCGGAUGGAUUUUCUAACAUGGUCAACAAUGUGACUGCAUCUCUUGAAAAAGAGGAGUGUAAAACCCUCCUGUACCUUUGUACAGAUUUGUUCAACAACGUCUGCGUGAAAGAUUUGAGAGGAGCUUUGUUGGCGUUCGCCAAACAGGCACAAGCUCAAGCAGGUCAAGCUCGGGCUGGUGAUGCCCUGCUGAUGGAGCUCAUGUUCAGAAUGAAGCGCUUUGAUAUCCUGAAGAAGGUUUUUGAUACCAACAAGCAACAGGUAGAAAGUAUUCUGAAGAAGGGAGCUGUCCUCUCAGAUUACAGAGUUCUAAUGGCCGAUGUGAGCGAAAACCUAGAAAAAGAGGAGUUGCAGUCUCUUUUAUUUCUCCUGAGCAGAACCCUUCCCAAAGAAAGACUUGCUAGAGCUACCAGCUUUCUAGACGUGGUGGUGGAGUUGGAGAAGUUAGAUGAACUAUCGUGUGAUAAACUAGACCUGCUUGAACAGUGUUUGAGAAACAUUAGAAGACUAGACCUUGUCAUAAAGAUUCAGGCCUACAAGAAUAGAGGUGAAAAUGUACCAUGUGCAGUCUCUAAAGCUCAGAAACUCAUUAAGUUCACUCCUGCGUCUUCUGUUCAACAAGAGAAAGAAACACCACACUUUUCUCAAGACUUUCAAAAUUUGAAGCUUUCGGUGCCAGAAACAGGGUCACAACAUCAACAGGUUAUAAGACGUUCCUCCCACUGUCUGUAUGUCUGCCAGGCUUUGAUGGAGCAGUAUGAAAUGAAUCCUGAGCAGAGGGGGCUGUGUGUGAUCAUUGACUGUGUUGGCUUUGAUGGAGAGAUGAUGAAUCAGACAUUCAUGUGUCUGGGUUUCAAGGUAAUUUUUCACUCUCUCUUGGGUCUAAAAGAAACCCAGAAGGUCUUGGAAAACCUGACCCGCAACCGGAUCCUCCAGGGGGUCAAUCUCUUUGUCUGCUGCAUCAUCAGCAGGGGCACGGACACUCAUCUGUUGGCUACGGACUCUGGCAGCCUUGGCAUCAGGCUGGAGGACCUCAGGCAGCUUUUCUGCCCAACCCAGUGUCCCUCUCUAUGUGGUAAACCCAAACUGUUCUUUACCCAGAUCUACAGGACCACAGAAGUCUCAAACACCCCCUCAAUGGAUGAACACCUUGAGACCGAUGCACCAGCACGUUACUAUUCUAUCCCGGUGUCGGCAGAUGUUCUUUGGAGCGUGUGCAGAGCAGAGGCAAAGCUGCUGGAAGAGUCUGACCACUGGUCUGUUUACCUGCGUGCGUUACAUUCUACCUUUCUGAAGGGAAGACAGAGAAAGAUGCUUUUAUUGGAAAUCAUGGCUGAGGUGAACAGAUACGUGUUUGGUCACAAUCAGCAAAAUCCUGAAAAUGAGUACCACCUUCAACUCUCUCACACAUUACACAAGAAACUUUAUUUGUAACACUUAAUGUUCAUGACAACACACACUACUUUCACAAUUCCUGGAAUUGUGUAGUUUAGGAAUAGUCAGAGUAUAGCUGAAUACUGCCAUAAUAUAUAAAUAUCAUUGCGUUUUAUGUUUUUUAUUAUUAUUAUUAUUAUUAUUAUUAUUAUUAUUUAUUUGUGUAUGUUCACCUCCUGUGGCAGCUAACACAAAGUUCUCUAUUCCUAGCGCCUUGCUAAAUAAUUUAAUACCUUCAGUCAUUAGUCCGGCUAUGUGAAGUUUCAUUUGUAUAGUGGUUUUGAAAACACAUAGUCUCAGAGCAGCUUUAAAAAAAAAUAAUGACAAAAUCCUCCAAAGCAAAGAUGAACGUUGCAAGGAAAGCAAGUUUGUUGCAGAGCUUUUCCUCCUCCUGUCAUAAUUUUCAUAUGUUCUUAAAUGUCCAGUUACAUCUUGCUGUAGUAUUAAUCGUGUGUGUGUAUUGAAUACAUUUUUAAUAUGCAAGAUCUGAGAUUUGAGUAUCUUGUUCUGUAAUCCACAAAAUUUCUUCCUUCUACACAAAACUAUAUACACAUCAUAACAAAUAUAUCCUUGUUGUUGGACCGUUUUGAUGUACUGUAGCAGUAGGCUGGAGUUGUCUUUAAUCUCCAGAGUGGAGCAUAAAGGGCUGUUAAAGUUAACUUGAAGUAAUGAUUCAAUUCCGGCUGAUCAGUACUUGGGAGAUAUGUAGAAUAUUUUAAACGUGUAGAUUUUGUAAAUGUAUUAUAUCAAACCAGAUUGUAACAACUGUAAUUUCACAUUAAUAAUCUAAUUUAUAAAAUAUAUAAUUAUAUAAAUAACUUUAUAUAAUUGAUUGUUCCCCCUUCAGAGGGCUUUUUUUUUUUUUUUUUUUUUUUUUGUAUACAACCUCAUUACUGAAUGCUGUAUAUUAGCAGAUCAUAAGAUGAAUUAAGUAUAUAUCACUAGUAUGAAAAUUUCCAUUAGAGAAAAAUAUACCCAAAGUCCCUUAUGAAUAAAAAUGCGUUUUUGUCUUUUUCUUUCAUUAAUUUCAUCUGUCUUGUUAGUCAACAAGCCCUCUAACGUUACUAGCAUUGAAACAUUAACGUGCAAAAAGAGCAAGACAACAAAUAUUUUGAUUAAAUACAAUAACAAAAGAAUUAUUGGGUUGACUUCCCAUAACUAGCAAUUACAAAUACCAGUGACAUUAAAAUGAUCCGUUAUUAAAUACGUUUGCGUUUAAAAUAAAUAAAAAAAAGUCAACAUCCGGUGAAAAGAUUUGAUGAAUCAAUCUUGUUCAUGACUGAAAUGUCUGAUUUUCUGACAUAAAACGUACACAUGCUCUAGACAUUUGUGCUUAAUUUGUUUUAGCAAGAAAAUAAAACUGCUUACGUAGGCAGCAUCUACUAGGAUGAGAAGAGGAUAUUUUCCUCUUCACCGGGGGUCGGCAAAACGGUAAAUAAAGAAAGGUUUUGAAUUCCACAUUGCUUACAGUGUACGAAGGUACAAGAAGUUACGAUAAAACUACAAAUACGGCAUAAUGAGACUGUACAACAGUAAGAUCUGUUUUCUCUUCUGUCACAGCCCCAUAUAGCUUUCUGUAGAUAUGAAACUUAGGUCGGGCUUUACUGUUCUUUCUCUGUUUGUAGUGAAGUGCAAACAAAAAUUUGAGGUUGGAAGCCUUUUGUGAUGCAGUAUUUCAGCUAAUAAAAAAGAAAACAAAAAAACUGUUAAA